AUGUCCUCAUUGGGCGCUCAGCUGGCUGAGCUCGAGCGAGCCAUCGGCGAUGCGUUCGUGGUGAAUCUCGCUACAGCGGGGGCGUUGGCUUGGUUAGCUUAUGACACGAUAUUAACGUUCACGGAUGAAAUCGAGUUGGUGUGGAAUAUCUACUUCUACGGUGAGAAAUUACUUCAGGCUAUGACCGAGAAAGACGCUGAGCUGGUCCCAGUCAACUCCAGUACGACAAUCAAGUACCAUCCUAGAUUUUGUCAUUUUUACUUCUGGUUCGAUGCCGCAAACACGAGCCUCCUGCCAACGCUCAUCGGUGAGGCUCUCAUGGCUAUGCGACUCUACGCGCUAUACUAUAGGAGCCGUACAAUACUGGCGUUACUUGUCCUUCUGUACUGUGCUGAAGUAGCGACGACACUCUGGGCUGUGAUCACAACCAUCUCGUCCAUCAAAUUGCCAGUGGUUCCGAAGGGAAUUCCUCUUCCUGGAUGUCUUUCCAGCCAGCCCUCAUUCGUCCCUAUCGUCAUUGCAGGCGCCGUUCCCUUGCUUGUGGCAUCUGUGUUCUUUAUGCUUAUGAUGUAUAAGUCUGCACUCACCCAUGCGCGGACGAAUACGGCCGGGUCGACAUACAAAGUCGGGUUCGGGGUGUCACGACGCCUUGCACCGACCCUUUAUGUCUUCUUCCGGGAUGGAUCAGCAUAUUUCUUCAUGGUGCUCGUUGUCGAAUCCCUGGUAAUCUUCUUCACUGUCUACUUCAAUGGAAGACAGCUUUCGGUGAUGUAUCAACCAUGGGUCAUGAGCACCUACGCCAUAGCGUCGACGCGAUUGGUGCUGCAUCUCAGGGGCUCUGUUAUGCACUUUCCUGGACUAGAGACAAUUUCGGGAGAUAUGGAAUCCAAGCCACAGUUCGCAACUCCUUCAAACGUUUCCUAUGACGGUAUCGUUCAUGUCAUCGAUAUUCGAUGA